AUGGCGUCGGAUUUUGGACAGCCUCGAGGCACCGAGAUGGCAUACAUCGACAACGGCCUCUAUCCCGUACCUCACUCGGACGUGAUCGUCAACGAAUCGGCGUCAUCAUCGCAGUACAUGCCGUAUCACGGCCCGCAGAAGGGAGAUUAUACUCAGAUCACCACCGAUGGCCCAAUAAGGAAUGAGAGGAGGAUAUGUGGCGUCAGCAAAGCCAUGUUCAUUUUGUGGUGUGUGAUUGCUUUCAUGGUUGCUCUGCUGGUCGUCAUCGGCGGUGUAUUCGGAGCCAUGCUGGCGCGGCAAGAGUCAAGGAUACAGAGUAUGGAAAGCUCACGAGGAACUGCAACCGAAUCCGCUCCAGCAGCAGCGACUACGUGGGUAAACAUACCAGAUUGGGAGUACAUCGGAUGCUACCGAGACAACUCCCAGAGAAUCUUCCGGGGCGCGCGUACGAACUUCACCGAUAGCCAGACGAACUCGGAGUGCAAGAACUAUUGUCAAAAAGAUUUCGGGUAUUUCGCUACGGAGACCGGCGGCGAGUGCUAUUGCUCCAGCACGCCUCCGGAGAGCAAGCUUCUUUCGUCGCCGUGGAACUGCAACGUGCCUUGUCGGGGUAACAAGGAGGGCGAAGUGUGCGGAGGGGCUUGGCAUAUGAGUGUGUGGAAGAAAUCAAAGCAGUGA